UCGGGCAUGGGCAUGAAAGCGACGUGAUUUCGGCGUUUGUGAUUUCGAGUCUUUUCCAAUCGUGAUACCAGGAGCAAGCGAUUCAUCAAUCAGGAUGGGGUUGCGUAUCGUGACAUGGAAUGGUGAGUUGGUCGCUGGUACAUGGGCAGACGUUCCUGUUCACUGACGAUUCCUGUGCCAUAGUCAACGGCAUCAGAAAUCCAUUCGGAUAUCAACCAUGGAGCACACAACGAACAUUUCAGGCAAUGUUCGAGACCCUCGAGGCAGACAUCGUAGUCAUGCAAGAGACGAAAAUCCAACGUAAAGACCUCAAAGAUGAUAUGGUACUAGUACCUGGCUGGGAUGUCUUCUUCAGCCUCCCUAAAUACAAAAAAGGAUAUUCCGGUGUCGCGAUAUAUACCCGGAACGCAACCUGCUGCCCCAUCCGCGCCGAAGAAGGAAUCACAGGUGUCCUCCCUGCCCCAAACUCGUCCACUAGCUUCCGCGACCUGCCAGAAGACCAGCAAAUCGGCGGCUACCCGCGCGCGAGCCAGCUCUCGAGCGAAGUAGACGAGGCGACGCUCGACUCGGAAGGCCGGUGCGUCGUCCUCGAGUUCCCGGCCUUUGUCCUCAUCGGCACCUACAGCCCCGCCACCCGCGACUCGUCUCGCGACGACUUCAGGCUGGGCUACCUCGGCGCCCUCGACGCGCGCGUGAGAAACCUCGUGGGGGCCGGGAAGCAGGUCAUCUUGACGGGCGACCUUAACGUCAUUCGUGAGGAGAUGGACACCUGCAAUCUCAGGGAGACGCUCCGCAAGGAAGGCAUGACGGUCGAAGAUUGGAUGCAAGGGCCCAGCCGAAGGUUCAUCAAUCAGCUUGUCGUCGGUGGUCAGGUCACCGGCGAACGCGAUGAAGGCAAGGAGACGCCUGUCCUCCAUGAUUUGACGCGCAUCUUCCAUGCCACCAGGCAAAGUAUGUUCACCUGCUGGGACACGAAGAGAAAUACUCGCCCGGCGAACAACGGUAGCCGGAUAGACUACAUCCUGUGUUCGUCGGGCAUCAAGGACUGGUUCACGGAUUCCAACAUCCAGGAGGGGCUGAUGGGAUCUGACCACUGCCCCGUAUACGUAGUCAUGAAUGACCUCGUAACAACAGAUGGUAAGGAAACAUCCGUCCUCGACGUGAUGAACCCCAGCGACAUGUUCCACGACGGCAAGCGACUCAGGGAGUGGUCACAAAAGGAUUUACUCCCCCUAUCCGCAAAACUCAUCCCCGAAUUCGACCGAAGGCGCAACAUCCGCGACAUGUUCAUGAAGAAGCCCGCCCCAAAGCCAGCUCCGAGCCCCGUAUCGAAUCCCCUCGAGUCACACAGUCUCCCAACCGAAGACGACAGUGACUACCCCGUGACGACUCAGGAGACGCAAGACUCAGACGCCUCGCAGGCGACAACGACAACCGAAGACGCGCCCGCCGCCUCCCAGGCAUCCAUGCAGUCCAGCGCCGCAAAGUUGCCACCCCCCAAGCCGACACCCUCCUCCUUCUCCUCGUCCCAACCCACCAACCCGCUCGUAAAACGACCAGCCGAAUCGGCAGCAUCCGCUAAACGAGCCUCCAAGAAGUCGAAAACCAACGAAUCUGACGGCAAGGCCCAGAGCACCCUCAUGGGCUUCUUCAAGCCAAAGAACCCCCCACCACAAACCCAAUCUUCACCCGCUGAAGCAGGCGCGGCGAGGACCAAUCAAGCACCAUCACCCUUCACCAAGAACAAAGCCGUAGGUGUAGGAGGCGGUAGUGCAACUGGCCCAAUCCGUGCCCUCUCGGGAUUAUCAGAAGCGGGCGGCCCACUCUCCGCGGGCACGGCAGAGUCACCCGGCAGCUGCGGCGGCAAAGACACUUUGUCUCCUUCCUCAUCUGUGAAGCCCUUCGAGACGACAUCAGAAAAGGUCUUUGACCCCAUCGAGGUUAAGGAAUCUUGGUCAAAGUUCAACCUGGGGAAGAGGGUCGUGCCAAAGUGCGAGCACGGGGAGCCCUGCAUCAGCUUCCAGACCAAGAAGCCGGGCGUCAACUGCGGCAGGUCGUUUUUCAUCUGCGCCCGUCCUCUGGGAAAGUCCGGAGAAAAGGAAAAGGGGACGGAGUGGAGAUGUCCCACUUUUAUCUGGAGCAGUGAUUGGAAAAAGAGCCAGUCUCAGGGGACAUAACUGCACAUCCAUCUCCAAGGGCGACAUGGAGUCACAUGGAAUUCGGCGAACGGCAUAUGACGAGUUGGGCACGUUACCUUCAAAAAGAAAAGACAGCUAGCUACCUUGACCACGCAGAAGAA